AUGGACAUACAAGUAUAAUAUGGUGUUUUGCAUUAAACGAUAAGGAAGAUCUUCUUGCAUCAGGUGGAAAUGAUAAAACAAUUAAAUUGUGGUACAAAUAAAAUCAAUGGUUGUUUUCAUAGAUAGCAGAUCAUACUGAAAGGGUUUUAGGAUUAAGUUUUAAUGAACAAUAAAAUAGAAUUAAUAUUGAACAAUCAGAAUAAAAUAAAUAAUAGAAUGUAAUAUAAAAGAUUAAAUUAUAAGACGAAUUCGGUCUUCGAUUAUGCUUUAUUGAUAAUAAUACAUUCACAUUAUAUCCUUGGGGAGAAGAUUACGUGCAUGUUUUUGAGUGAAAUCCUUCUGGUAAAUAAUAUUCAAAUACAAAAAUAUUCCUUUAAAAGUAAUAGUGGAUCUGAUUGGACAUAAUAUCCUUAAUAAUACAUAAAAUCUAAAUGUAUUUUUGUGAAUAAGAAUGCUACAAAUGUGAAUUUAAUAAGGAAGUAAUAAAAUUGUGAAUUUACAAUUGAGUAAUUUAUUUAAUAUAAAACACAUAAGAUUUUUGGAUGUAUGAAUGAUGAUGAACAGUAUCUGAUCACUUGGGAUAAACAAUCAAAAGAAUAUCAGGAAUUAUGA